CCCGCCUCCCUUUCCCGGCUCCCCGCGCUCCCAACCGCCCGCGCCUGCUGCCAGGCAGCGGCUGGGAGGGCGAGCAGCGGAGGCGAGGCAGUGACGAGAGCAGCGGGUCCGCCAUUGGACGAGGAGGCCUGAGGGACGGGCCAGCGGUGCACAAGGAGAGACCGAGGCGGGUGGCCCCGAGAGAGCCAAGGCCAUGGAGGCCAACAUGCCGAAGCGGAAAGAGCCCGGCAGGUCUCUCCGCAUCAAAGUCAUCUCCAUGGGCAACGCCGAAGUGGGGAAAAGCUGUAUUAUAAAACGAUACUGUGAGAAAAGAUUUGUGUCUAAAUACCUGGCAACAAUUGGAAUUGACUAUGGAGUUACAAAGGUACACGUCAGAGACAGAGAAAUCAAAGUUAACAUCUUUGAUAUGGCUGGACAUCCCUUCUUCUAUGAGGUUCGAAAUGAGUUUUACAAGGACACACAGGGUGUGAUACUGGUCUAUGAUGUUGGGCAGAAAGACUCCUUUGAUGCCCUUGAUGCAUGGCUGGCAGAAAUGAAGCAAGAGCUUGGACCUCAUGGAAACAUGGAAAAUAUUAUAUUUGUAGUUUGUGCCAACAAGAUUGAUUGUACCAAACACCGCUGUGUAGAUGAAAGUGAAGGACGUCUUUGGGCUGAAAGCAAAGGGUUCCUGUACUUUGAAACUUCAGCACAAACUGGAGAAGGCAUUAAUGAGAUGUUCCAGACCUUUUAUGUAUCCAUAGUUGAUGUAUGUGAAAAUGGCGGGAAACGCCCUACCACAAAUAGCAGUGCUAGUUUCACCAAAGAACAAGCAGAUGCCAUUCGCAGAAUUCGAAAUAGUAAAGACAGUUGGGACAUGCUGGGAGUCAAACCUGGGGCCUCAAGGGAUGAAGUCAAUAAAGCGUAUCGGAAACUUGCUGUGCUUCUUCAUCCUGACAAAUGUGUAGCACCUGGCAGUGAAGAUGCCUUCAAAGCAGUUGUGAAUGCUCGGAUAGCCCUCCUGAAAAACAUCAAGUAGAAAGUAGAGAAAAAAGCCACGUGUGGGACUCAAAUGCAAACAGACUUUCCCUAGAGGUGAAAUAACCAACAUGGAGUUUUCCUUCCCAGAAUCUCACUGCUCUUUUCAUUCAUGUGUUGUCAUUUGUGUAUCAGUAAAUUCAGGUGCCCAUUUCAUAGACAUUUUACUGAGAAAUGAUCUUUAUUUGUAUGAAGUGAAGAGAACUGAGCGUUGCUUACUUCAUUUCAUAUUUCUAGAUAAUCUGAAUUUUUUCUCAUUCGUCAGCUCUGUAAUUAUAGUAUCCCUUAGACAUUUCACUUGGGGAAAUCCAUGAGGUUCCUGGAGGGAGGGAAGAGAGGACAAGAGGACCCUUUCACUUUUUGUUUUUUACUGAAUUCAUCAUCAGA